UAAAAUUGAAAUAAUUUUAAUUAAUGGAGCUAUCAAAGAGCAAGGCCAGCCUAAGCAGAGAGAUUGGGCUCAAUAUCACUGUUGAGAAGAACAAGAAAUCAGAGAAAAGGAUCAGCAGAAAUUCUAUCCUUAAUGACCUGAUUAAUAGCAGAAAGACUAUCAAACGGAGAGAGAAAUAGCAGAGGCAAUUCAAAUAAGAAGCAUAAGCGGAAUAAGCGAAGUUCCAAAGGCGCAAAGUUAUCAUUACAAGACAUGGCUUCACAGAACAUCAAGUUCCCUAUAAGCCAGAAAAAGAAAAAUGCAAUGAUCCACCUAAUUUAUGAGACUAGACUUACUGAUCAACUGUGUAUGAGGCCAAGAACAAAUCUUAGAAGUCGAAGAGUGAAGAAAAGUUUUAACAUCAAGAUCAAGCAGCAUUCGCCUCUUCCAGAAAGAACUGAUAUAAAUAGCUCUGCUAUCAUAAUGCCUCCAAACAAUCGUGAAUCUUCUGCAUUAGACUUAGUCCAAAACUUUCAAAGAAAGAAAAUAGGUAAAAUGAAGCUGGUUCUUCAACAAAAGUACUGGCCUAAUACAAAGAUUAUCAAACAUGAGGCAGGCAAGGUGCCCUCGCAGAAGAAAAUGACUAGACGUCGGAAGAAACGCAGAGAUAUUCUGAAGAAAAUUAAGAAUGAAAUUUAUAUAUCCCAAGACCCAAAAUACCAGAGUUUGGAGCCUAUGACAGAGAAGAAUAGCAAUUCACAGUUCAACCAAGGUAAAUCCAAGCUUCAAAGGAGGAAAAGGAACAACUUUAUGUCAGUUAUCAGCAACUCAAAAUCAAAGAUUGGGACCUCUGUUGAUGGUAGAGGUGGCGGCUCCAAUGAUCUCUACACCUCCAAAGAAGCCACCGAGGAUAUUGAAGACCCUGAAUCACUAGGAGAGAAGCUAAAGAACGCCAUUAACGAGAAGCUUUCAAAGAACAACUCACAAAAGAAUACCAAGUAAUGAGAAAGGAGCCAAUGAAUACUUUCAUAGAGAACCAGAGGGUUCUGUUCAGAAUGAAUCUUUUAUCAUCCUCAAAACUACUAAGGGUAACAUAAACGUGACGGAGUCCAAAGAAUCAUUGAAUGAGAAGCCAAAUAAGGCAAAUAUCUACCAGCGCUUGUUUAGUACAAACUAUGAUAAAGAAUCUGAACAAUCUGAUGGCACUAAGAACGAGCUGUACCUUAAGCGAGCCAACACUCAAGGAUCUGAUAGGUACAUCAAGAAGAUAGAGAAAGAACGCAAGAAAGUUGAAGAAUGGAAAAGAAGCCAAAGAAAAAUAAAUAAAAACAAUAAAUACAUUGAAACAUUGAAGAGCGACAAAUCUAGGCUGAAUGGAAAGUCCUUACCUCGCCCUGCUGAAGUGCGGGCGAAGCAUAACUCGUCUUACAGGGAUAACCUGACUAAUAGAAUCCUACAGAGAGGAACUAUGAGCAGGGAAAACUCCAAAGUGGAAAAGAAGAAAUGAAAUUAUUUCAGCUUGGCAUAACGAGAAUGGAAGAAGUCUCCAAGUAUAACUCUCUGCAGCACUAAAUUAAGAUC